CAGAGGGCCGGGAGCCUGGCCGGGGUUCCCUCGCUCGCUUGCCGGAGGGGAGCGCCCGGCGGCUUCGCCGUAGUCUCGCUGCGCCCUCGGCUCGUUUUAAGCGGAGUUGCAAGAAGCGGAACGCGCGCGCCUGCGGAGACCCCCGGCCCAGGAUGUUGCGCUUUCGUCUUUUCCCUGCUGUGGCAAGUUUAGCUGCCAUUUCCAGGCGAUACUAUGGAACAGCACAUUCUAUUCGCAGCCGUCGCAGGCUGAUGAUGGUGGCCUUUGUAGGAACAGCUGCAGUGGCAUCAAGCACUGGACUUCUGUUAAAGAGAGCCAAUGCAGAAGCAUCAUCAUCAGUGAAACAUGACAUACGAGCAGAACCUGGCGAGAAGGUAAAGAACAGAGAAGAAGCGGUGAAUGAAGAGUGUGACGACAGGAGUGCCGUAGAGUCAAGCAGUGAGGAUGCUCCAGCAGAAGGGAAGAAGAAGAAGCGUUCUGGAUUCCGGGACCGUAAAGUGAUGGAGUAUGAAAACCGAAUCCGAGCCUACUCCACUCCAGACAAAAUCUUCCGAUAUUUUGCUACUUUGAAAGUCAUAAAUGAGCAUGGAGAGUCAGAAGUCUUUAUGACUCCACAAGAUUUUGUGCGUUCUAUAACUCCAAAUGAGAAACAACCAGAAAACCUCGGCCUUGAUCAGUUUGUGGUGAAACGCUAUGAUGGGAAGAGAAUCUCCCAGGAAAGAGAGAAGUUUGCAGAUGAGGACAGCAUAUUCUAUGCACUUGGAGAAUGCGGUUUGAUCUCCUUUUCAGAUUAUAUCUUCCUCACUACAGUCCUUUCUACUCCUCAGAGGAACUUUGAAAUUGCCUUCAAGAUGUUUGAUCUGAAUGGUGAUGGAGAAGUGGAUAUGGAAGAGUUUGAGCAGGUUCAGAGCAUCAUUCGCUCCCAAACGAGCAUGGGCAUGCGUCACAGGGACCGUUCGACUACAGGGAACACCCUGAAGACUGGCUUUAAUUCUGCGCUGACCACCUACUUUUUUGGAGCUGAUCUGAAGGGGAAACUGACCAUCUCUCACUUCCUGGAUUUCCAGCGCAAACUUCAGCAUGACAUUUUGAAGCUUGAGUUUGAAAGACAUGACCCUGUAAACGGUCGGAUCACAGAGCGUCAGUUUGGCAGCAUGCUGCUGGCUUACAGUGGAGUGCAAUCCAAAAAGCUGACCCUCAUGCUGAAACAGCUCAAGAAACAGUUCCAAGAUGGAGAGGGUCUGACAUUUGAGGAGGUAGAGAACUUCUUCACAUUCCUGAAAAAUAUAAAUGAUGUGGAUACAGCUUUAAGUUUUUAUCACAUGGCUGGAGCCUCUCUUGAUAAAGACACUAUGCAGCAGGUUGCCAAGACAGUGGCGAAAGUGGAGCUGUCGGACCACGUGUGCGAUGUGGUUUUUGCUCUUUUCGACUGUGAUGGGAAUGGAGAGCUGAGCAACAAGGAGUUUGUUGCCAUUAUGAAGCAGCGACUGAUGCGGGGCUUGGAGAAGCCCAAAGACAUGGGCUUUACACGGCUCAUGAGGGCCAUGUGGAAAUGUGCACAGGAGACUGCCUGGGAUUUUGCCAUGCCCAAACAAUAGCCACAAACAAGAAGUGGUGGCAACACAGAGAUUGGAGUCAUGGAUACUGCUGUGCUGCCCCUGCAGGCUGAAGGCCAUCUUAUUUGAUGCUCAGUGGGUGAAGGCCUCCUCCCCGGGAAUUACAAUAAUCUGUGGCUGCAGUGAAAGAAGGAGAGGGGGGAAAACUUGCAAGGCAAAGACUGUUAACUGCAAACGUUCCUUUAAAAGACCUAAGCAGAAAUCUGAGCGCACUGUGUCUUCUUCAGCCUUUGUCUUGACAAUGCUCCCUCCCCCGCUUUGUCUUUAUUUCUCAGGAAGAAAAACAAAUGGACCACCAGAGCAAUUAGCUUUGAAUAUUGCAGCUGCUUGCUUGAUCUCCGCAAUAAACUCCUGUAUCCAAUAAAAAGGGUGGGCACAUGGAAGAACAAUACUGCUUGCAUCAGCUUUAUACAGAACUUGAUGCAUCAUUGGUACAGGAAUGCCACUGAUAGUCUCUUGGCUUGAUCUAGAGAUUGAUUUGCAGUUAAACCAAAAAAAAAUGCCAACCCUGAUGCCUGUGAUAAAUGUCAAAACUUGUACUGUUCUUUAAGUUGUCUGUGACUUUCAAGGCAAGAUAGAAGAGUGAUAGGUUGAUGGGUUGCUUCAAGAGGCUCAUUUUCUCCCAAAAUGUCUCCCUUUCCUCAGCAGUUUUGGCCUAUGCCACAACAAAAGGUUGUAGAUGAUCAGGAAUGGGACAGCUCUGUUGCUGUAAAAAGGUUUUAAAAACUUAGGCAAGAACUUAAGACUUUCUCCUACCACUCCUUCCCCGUAGUCUAACCUCCAAAUGUAUAUGCGCCCAUCUGUAAUUUUCCCUGUUAACAAGUGCGUUUACUCAUCCUGAUUUGUUUUCCUGUAUUGUCUUCAAGUUGCUCUUCACCAAGCUCUUGUGUGCUUGUAAAAUAUUGCUUUAAUUAUAAUAGUUC